UAACACACAACGGUUGCAACGUAUUAUAGCCCCUAGGAAAACGCGAACAUAUUUUACGUGCGAGUGUUGAAUUCAUAUCUUACAAGAUAUAGUCAGAGAGAGGUUCGAUCGAAGUUCGUUAAUCUAGCAGUGUUUAGUGAAGAAAUCAUACUCGAAUACCGAACUAACGUCGGACGCAACAUCAUGGCCGUUCUCGGAACGAUAAGCGGUCUUUUCUUGAUGACCACCGUGUAUCUCAUGGUAGCCGUGGUCGUUAUUUUCUUCAUCUAUGAUUAUUGGACUCAUACGUAUUUCAAGAGGCUUGGUAUUCCAGGACCCCCUCCCAAACCCAUCUUUGGCAAUGCGUUGGACUUUAGCAAGCAGCCCAUUUUCGACGUGAUCGACGAGUACGCAAAUAAAUACGGUCCAGUUGUCGGUAUCUACAUGUGGAGGCGACCCCUGCUCCUGAUCAGAGACCUCGAUAUGCUACGUGAUAUCAUGGUCAAGGACCACCAUAGAUUCUACAAUAAAUUUCCGUUUCCAAUGAGCUCAGGAAAUUUCGACAACGCCCUCUUCCUCUUGAGAGACGCACAGUGGAAGAGAGUUCGUGAUAUCACGACACCAACCUUCACAGGAAAGAAAAUGAAAAUGAUGUCAGGUAUCCUCAAUGAAGGUGCAGACACAAUGGUUGAGAAGCUACUACAAUCAUGUGAUGAGGAUGGGAACAUCGAUUCACUUGAAUUGUUUGGAAGCUUUGUAAUGGACUCUGUGGCAAGCUGUGGGUUCGGUCUGAAGGUCAACUCGCAGAAAGACAAAGAUCACCUCUUCAUUAAAAACGGCAAGAGAUUCUUCGAAUUUAUUUUUAACUCUCCGGUUUUCAUGGCUGUGUCUUUCAUGCCUUUCCUGAGGCCUGUCGUCAAGUUCUUCAAUUUCUCACUCUUCCCGAAAGACGUCAUUCAUUUCUUCACUGACGUCACAGAGAAGGCAGUCGCUCUGAGAGAAAGUCAUCCUUCCAGACAGAGAGUGGACUUUCUACAGCUCCUGAUUGAUGCCAAGAAUGGUAAGAGCAAAAUGGCGAGUGAAAACGACGAAGACGACAUCCAUAACAAAUACUUCAAAGACGCAGGAGCUGAUGAGAACAUUUCGACCAAAACUCAAAAAUACUUGACAAGGGAGGAACUACUUGCUCAGAACUGAUCGAGAAUGCGGGGAGACUUGUACUUACAAGGGUUAUAAGAUUGAGAAGGGUCUGCAGAUCUGGAUACCAACCUACACCAUUCAACGUGAUCCGAUCUACUGGCCCGAUCCCCUCAAGUUUGAUCCUGACAGAUUCACGAAGGCGAAUCGCGAGGGUUGUAACCCGUUCACCUGGUUGCCUUUCGGUGCGGGACCACGUAUCUGUAUCGGUAUGAGGUUCGCUCUUAUGGAAGCCAAGAUGGCGCUAGUCCGAUCCUUGCAAGUAGUCCGCUUCGAGAUUUCGCCUUUAACCAAGAUCCCACCAGAUGUCGGAAACACUUCGCUCCUGUCGAAGAAAAGCAGCUACACUCUCAAGGCUGUACAACGUCAUUGAGUACAAGCACCAAAGCCAUAGGAAUCACAAGACUUUAAAAAUAGUAAUGAAGUAGAACAAUAGUUUAAAAAUAAAGGUAGUGGGAAAAAAAGGCGAAGGGAAGGGAAUGUGAGAAAUAGAUAAAAGUGCUCCCUCCCAGGCUCCCCCCAAUACUGCUGUCCUUGUAUAUUUGUAUUUUAUUCUCUCUUGAAAGCGCCCCCACCCAAAAUGCCAAUGCUCCUUCAGUGAUUGGAGUUAAGCUGAGUACAUUAGAUCAGCGUUUUUCAACCGGGGUGCCGCAAAAUAUCUAUACUAGGGGUGCCGCGAGAGAAAUUUAGUUGCAUCAAAAAAUAUUUUGGAAUAACGUCGAUUUCGUGAAUUAAAAAGUAUUAGAAACAGCUUAAAUAUGUUAUUUGGUGAGGGAAUAGCAUUAUAAGAUAACAAUUUUAUUUCUCCCUCGCUCGCUUCACUUGCUCGCAUUAUUUACAAACAUGCCCGACGUGCCCGAAUACUAUUUUAUAUCCUUU